AUGUCGUCAAGUUGGGACGACGGCGAGGAUUUUACGGAAGAGCAGCUUCUCGCUAUUGACGCCAUCGAAGCCUCCUAUCUCUCUCGUUCUUCGUCUUCUUCUUCUUCUUCUUCCUCUUCCGUUACUCCGAUCGUACGGACAUCGACCUCCGGCGGCUAUGGUCACGAGAAUCAGAAUCAAAUCCGUCGCCAAUUGCCCCGUUCCAUCACUUCUCCCACACUUUCCAAGCGAUUCCCUCUCUCUCGUUGCAGAGCUAAGAAUUUUCCAGCUAUGAGAUUUGGUGGUAGAAUUCUGUAUAGCAAGACUGCUAAUGAAGUCGAUAAGAGAGCAAUGCAGCUUCUAAAGGCUCUUGAAACCAAGAGAGAUCAAUCUGGAAAAGCUAGUGUUGGCUUUGACAUCGAGUGGAGACCAAGUUUUAGAAAAGGUGUCCUCCCUGGGAAGGUUGCAGUUGUUCAGAUAUGUGUAGAUAAUAACUAUUGUGAUGUGAUGCAUAUUAUCCAUUCUGGUAUCCCUCAGAGUCUUCAACAUCUUAUUGAGGAUUCAACUCUUGUAAAGGUAGGUAUUGGAAUUGAUGGUGACUCUGUGAAGCUUUUCCAUGACCAUGGAGUGUCCAUCAAAGAUAUUGAGGAUCUUUCGGAUUUAGCCAACAGAAAAAUUGGUGGAGAAUCUAAGAGAUGGGGACUUGCGUCACUGACUGAGACACUUGUUUGCAAAGAGCUCCUGAAGCCGAACAAGAUCAGACUCGGAAACUGGGAGGUCCGUCCUCUGUCCAAGGGGCAGUUACAGUACGCAGCAACCGAUGCUUAUGCUUCAUGGCAUCUUUAUCAGGUUCUAAAGGACCUUCCUGAUGCUGUCAAUGACUCAUAA